GAAAAUCAUGAAAUUGUUGGCCCGUUGCAUUCAGAUUCAGAUCUGUUGCACUCGAGCGCCGCAGCAGCAGCUGCUCGAGCUCGAGCAAGAGCAACGAGGGGCUCGAUUGGAAGAACGAGCCGGACACGGAUGCCGGACGGCAGUUUGAGAGAAGAAGAAGAAGAAGGGAGGAAAGAAGGGAGGAAGAGAGAUUGAGGACGUUCUUGGUUUCUUCGGAAGUCCAAUUUCGAACUGGGGGCCGAAUUUCCUCGAGCAGCGGCAGAUUAGAGAGGUUUUGGUAAAUUCCAUACACAUUCUGGAGACAUCCAGAUGCCGAGACGGGCGAAAAUGAACGCAAGCAAGCCCGAGUUGCGCCUGCCAGAUCCAGCAUUUCCCUGGCGCAUGGGCGACGUCGUAGAGAUGAAGUCUCAUGACGUCGGUUACAGAGGUGCUUGGUUUCGAGUCGAGAUUAUAAAGGUUCGCCGAAGCAGACAUGGCAAACUCUUUUGUACAGUGAUCUACAAAGAUUUUCCUGACGAGAGUGAGGAGGAGAUCGUCGCGAUUGACGUCGAUCCUGUGACGAAAGAAAGCACGCACAUGAUUCGGCCGGUACCGCCUCCAGCAAUGAAGGAAUCUGCAUAUGACAAAUCCGAAGAGCCGAGUACCAUGCAUGCUGUUGUCAGAGAUUGGUGGGAGAUAGGAGAUCUUGUUGACUGGUGGUAUCAUGAUUGCUGGUGGUUGGCGGAAGUGGUCAGUGUGCUGGGAGAAGACCGUUUCCAGCUCAAAUGUCCUUCUCCCCCGGAUGGAGAGGGCGGCUUGUAUUUGGCAAGAGAAUGCGACAUGCGGGCGUCGUUAAACUGGUCACUCGAAGAGCAGUGGACAGUCCCACCAUCAAAAGAGCCCGAAAUGAAACAAUGCGCAAGAUUGGUGGGUCCAGUUUCACGCCUUGAUAUUGAUCCCGUUACCAUCAUUGAACCAGACAUGAUGAUCAUCAAAGACCACGGGGAGAUGUUGGAUAUAUUUCAGAAGCAAAAGAUGAGUAAGAAGCUGCGAAAAGGCCUCGAAAGAAGGAACCGAGAGAGCUCGACUUCGAAACCUAAGCGUAAGUUGAAGCUGAAAGGUAAGAAGCAAUCAAAGCGGAGAGCACCUACGUCAGAUGCGAUUUUUGAAGACCAGUUUCAAGACCAAGAAAAUGAAGCUUUCAAUAGGCGAAAACAUUUGACUGUAAACUCAGAUGAGAGUUUGUCGGAGCGAGUUUCAAAAGAGCUUUCAGAGGAUUGUGAGCAAGAAACCUGUAGCACCGAGAAAGCACGAACAGUAGGAAGGAAUGAAGCGAGUGAGGAGAACCUGGAGGAGCGACUUAUGACGGCCGGAGGUGCAGGGCCGUCGGGACAUCAGCAGCAAGUAUCGGAACUUGAACCAGAGGUCGUCGUAAGUACGCUUCCACAUGCAUCUCGGGGUCGAGGAAGACCCCGAAAAGACUCAAAACCAGCUCGAAGAGGGCGGCCACGGAAAGAUUCUAACCCACUUCCCAGAGGGCGACCUCGAAAAGACUCAAACCCAGCUCCCAGGGGUCGACCCCGGAAAAUUGCUAGUAAAGUUCCAAGAGGACGACCGCGAAAGCAUCUCAUCACAGCGAGGUCGACAUCAGAAUACCCUCCCCGUCCGGAGGUGACUGUCGACAUCACGGAAGAGAUCCCAACAGUCUCAUCGCAGGUUCCGUCCAGGUCACAGGGGAAGACGAGAGAUGAUAGCUCACCAGACAACAUCAAGGUGGGGAUGGAGGAAGUUCCCCUGCACAGAACAAGCUCACUACGCAAUAUCGAGGUCGAAGAAGUAGAUCAAAUCGAAAUAAACGAAGAUGCUUCAUGUGGACACAUGGAGGUUGAAAGAGCUCUUGCGAUAGGAGUGGUCGUUAAUGUGGGUUCAGCGAGUUUACACAAACCAAAACUCAUCGUCAAGGACGGAAAGAAGAGAAAACGAGGCAAAAUGAAUGAGAUCGAAAAUGUCUGUAGCGUGAAACGAAAGGGUGAAGGUUGUAGAGAGCAUAUGGAAAAUGAGAGCCUACUGGAGCAGGAGCAAAGAGGUUUCGAAUCAGGGCAUGAAGCUUCCGAAGUGAGACUCGAUGUUGUAAUGGAAUUAGAAAGUGGUCCACAUGAACAUCCCCAUAGAAAGGAAUCCAGGCUUAUGCAAAUAGGAGGUCCAGAGCUGCGUUUUGAUGUGAAUUCUGAGCUUCAUGAACCUCGUGUCCAGAAAAGAAAGCUUAAAAAGCAUGUUGCGAAUCGGGAGGCGGAAGCAGCAGCAGCUGCUGGUGAUGACAGGACCUCUGUGCGCGGUAUUGAAAAGGAGGCUGAAAGUGAACUAUGUGAAAGGUCCAGAAAAAGGCCGUUGAACAAAGAAGGUCAGCAAGGGAACUGUGAUGACACUACUGAUCAUGAUAAAGGUCAGGUCUUAAGGGUCAAGAGUGAAAAGCAUGUUGCAAAACAGGUACAUGAUGUUGCUGGUGGUGGAGAGAUGACCUCUGUAAAUUGUGUGGUUAUGGAGUCAGAGCCUCAGCUGCAGGAAAGAUCAAAGAAAAUCAAAAGGACGUGGAGACAAGUAUCUCUACCGUUGGGUUCUGGUGUCAAUCCUAAUGUGAGUGGUGCUCAGAUCCAAAGAAGUAGGUCCGAGAAGUGUGUUGCCACUAGGCGAGAGGAAGUCGUCGGUGGUGAACAAAUGAUGUCCAUACAAAACAUUGUCAAAGAGGUAGAUAAUGAGUUGCAUAAACGUUCCAAGAAAAUCAAAAGGAGCCCGUUGGGUUUUGAUGCCAACUUUGAUGUCAGUGAUGGGACGGGCCAAAGUAUCAAGCUUGAGAAAAGUUAUGCAAUUCGGGAGGAAGAUGUCCCUGCUAGUGAAGAUGGGAAUCCUCGUCUCAGUAGGGAACAGGUUCUCAAAAACAAGUCGAGGAAACUUAUUGUAAACUGGGAGGAAGAACCACUUGGUAGUGAAAGAAGGGGGACAUAUGUACAAGAGCAAGCAACGGUGAGAGGAGUAUGUUCUCACGAGGUUGAGGAAGAGAUUGAUUAUCUGCACAACAAGUCCUCGGAACUCAAGACUAACAAACAGAAGUUGGAAAUGGAUGAGAAUGAUCAAGGACGAAGGGAGCAGCAGGAGGCAGCAGGUUCAAGGCUAACGACCUUGGAGCCGACGAGGAAGAUCAAAAUGCAAAAGAAAAUGUCCAGAGUAGAAGUAGAACCAUGUCAAGAUGUAGAGAUUGGUAGCAAAGGAAUAUCUGCAAGUCCGGGAGUUCUUUCACCUCGAAAGGACCUCAAAGGGCCUAUCCCUAUCUCCAGCAGGCGUGGCAUAAGCAACGAUCGGAAGGAUGGUUUGCCACACGAAGAUGAACUCGUCCUCAAAAUGAGACCCAAGUCUAUCCUACAUGCAUUCUCGGGCGGGAGUUUAUAUAUGUCAACGAAUACCUCGAGUGAUGCGCUCCUGGAGUGGGAUGUUGAAGCCUCCAGUAAACCAACCACUUCAGAUGAGCCUGCCAUCUCCAUAUGUGGGUCUCUUGGUAGCCUAUCAGAUGAAAUGUGUUUGAGUUCACGAGUUCAUAGAAUAGACGGUUUGACGGAUGAAAUUGGUUGUGCGCUUGGCCUCUUGGAGGCCGAUGACGACUCUUGCUCAGUAAAGUUCGGUUCUUCGAGGAGCAGGCUUUCACGAGAAUGCGGCCCGGAUGAAUAUCAUAGAAAAGGCCUUCUGGUGAAUCCGAGUCAAGCUGAGAGACUGAAGGACUAUUCUUUUUUGAAAAACAUAGUCAACAAACCUGUGAUAAAGUAUAAAACCGUUUUGUGUCGGAAAUUGGUGAGAAACGCCAGGAAAGAAAUUUGGUCCAAAGGUAAAACAGCCAGCAAGUAUGUAACAUCUUGAUCAUCCUAUAUUUCUAGAUGAGUUGUGCCUAUAUCGGACCCUGGAGCUGUGUCUUGUGUACUCGAACAGUGGAAGAAGAAAGUUUCGAACGACCAGAUUCUCUUCAG